AUGGCAACACAAAGCCCGUGGAUUCUGCGUUUCCCCUCUGAAAUAAUUUCAUCCAUUGUGUCGUUUCUGCCAAACAAAGAUGUCAAGUCCUUGCGCUUGACGUGCAAAGCCCUCGGCGAGAUUUCACCAUUCUCCUCCUCACGUGUGUUCCUUUCGGCCAACUCGUUGAACAUCCAAGUUUUUCGGGCUGUAGCAGACCAUCCAAAGUUUCGCCACGAAAUCAGGGAGAUCAUCUGGGACGACGCACGGUUUGUAUUCGCGCCGUUGAUAUGGGAAACCGUGCACCCAAGCAUCGACCCAGAACGUAUGGAAAUCAACUCCAAUAAGGGAUGUCCCAUCUGGUUCACAGAGGAAUGCGAAGAGAACCGCUACAGGAUAAAGCAUCGGAAAUACCGCGACGUGGACCGACCUGACCAUGCUGCACGUCAGCACCAGAUGGAUGCCCAAAUGCCAUUGAAAGCCUGCUGGAAGUAUUAUCGGCAACUAUUGGAUGAUCAGACGUCUGUGAUCGGAUCCGAAGACGACAAAAAAGCCUUUCUUUAUGGCCUGGAGCGAUUCCCACGGCUCAAAAGAGUGACCGUUACGCCUGCGGCUCACGGCUGGCUGUUUGCUCCACUGUACGAGACACCUAUGAUCCGAGCAUUCCCAUACGGAUUCAACUAUCCGAUUCCACGAGGAUGGCAUUGUGAUCCUGUUGAAUGUCAGGUUGUCGGGCCGCUACCGUGGUCAGAGGCAACAGAGGACUACAAGGAGCUAUGGCGAGGGGCUCGAAUUGUUCUUCGCCUUUUGUCACAGGCUGAGAAGCAUAAUGUUUCCGAGCUGAGCUUCGACUCUAAGCAACUCCACACUGGACUUAACUUUUGA